ACAAGGCCGAGGGGCUACUUAUGACAGCUUUUAGGUCUCUUUAGGAUUGUUGGUAUGGUCGAGGGUUCUGGUCAGCCUUCCUCCAACUAAAAGCUUAUUACCAUCCCAUCUUUGUUCGACACGCAACCCAUCCCCUUCCAAACAUCACUUUGACCUCAUAACUCAUUCACUCAUCACCCAUUAAUCUCCAUCAAUUCCAUUGUCAUCAUCAUCAUCGUCGUCAUCAAAUCCAUGGCCUCAAGGCCCCGGACUCUGACAGGACCUACCUAGGACUAAGACUUCCAACCAACCCAACCCCUGACGGGGCGCGGUGCGGGCGGUGCGAGCGCAUAAGAAGGAAGAGUCAAUCAGCCAGCCAGCGAGGAAAGAAAACUAGCGACUUUUCCCUCUCCCUCAAAUCACCAUUUCAGCUAAACAUCAAUCGACGAUCGCAAUUUCCAGCGAUUAUUAUAACAUAUAUAUAUAUCCAAAAAUGGCAGCGACGCGCUCAUCAACAUUCUGGUCACGACUACCCUCAAGUCGAGCAUUUUAUAUUUGUAUCAAUGCGUUACAGAUGAUGGCAGGCAUCACGACUCUAUCGUUAUGUGGCUCUGAUAUCUCAGAUUUCAAGGAUGAUACGCCGCGAAAGGCCUUCACCAUGACCGUCUCUACACUCAGCAUCAUAACAUCACUAUCACUGAUGACAGAAAUCUUCCAUUCCGUCGCCACGCGACUCUGGUUAGUCCUGGUGUUUUUAUGGCAAUGGGUCCUCGUUUUCUUAUGGGGUACUGCGGCCAUUGUCAUGAGUACUGCUUAUCUCCGUGGUUCGACACGUACCAGGAUGAGGGUUGCAACGGUAUUUGUGUAUUUUAAUUUGGUUGUUUGGGCUUUGUGUAGCCUUGUUGGGACGAUUGGUUGUUGUGCGGUGAGGAGGAGGGAUGAUAAUGUUCAGAUGAGAAGGACGAAGGAUAAGAAGGAUAGAUGGUGGAGGAGGAGGGGGAAGAAGAGCAAAAGUCAGAAUCAGAAUCAGGAUCAAACUGAUGCUGAUGCUGAUGCUGAUGCUGCAAAGGAUGAUGAUAGUGUUGAGACUGGAGAUGCUCAGACUUUCGAAAUGAGACCUCUGCCUGGAAGAGGGAGUGCUAGUACCUGACUAUCAUAUCAACUGUAUCAUAAUUGAG